AUGAAUUGGCGCCGCUGUAUUUUCAUUGUUUUGUCUUCAGUAAUUUAUUGUGAAUUUGUGGGUGAUUUUAUAAAAUUAAAUUCAUGUUCAUGGCCGACAUUAGAUUCACAAGAGCUUCAUGCUAUGAUAAUUGCCGAUACCCAUUUAUUGGGACCAUUCCGAGGGCACUGGCUGGAUAAAUUAUAUCGUGAAUGGCAUAUGCGUCGGGCAUUUCAAGCAGCAUUAAUGCUACACAAGCCAGAUUUCGUAUUCGUUCUUGGAGAUCUUUUCGAUGAAGGUGAUAUGGUAGAUCAUAACGAUUUUAACGCAUAUGUUUCGCGAUUUAUUAGCCAUUUCCAAGCCAACGUUCCUGUAAUAAGUGCCGUUGGAAAUCAUGAUAUUGGAUUUCAUUAUAAAUUACAUCCAUAUUUUGUAAACCGUUUUGAAAAAAAUUUCAACAACACGGGCGUGAAAAUGUACACAUUUGGCGGUAAUCAUUUUGUGUUUAUCAAUUCAAUGGCCAUGGAAAAUGAUGGUUGUGAAUUUUGUAAAGCUGCUAUAGAUGAUCUACACCAUGUGGCAGACAAACUAAAUUGCCUUAAAAAUCUAAAUACGUGUAACGAUUUGAGAACAAUAGAAGAACAUGUUAAUUAUAGUCGACCCAUAAUAUUACAACAUUUCCCAACGUAUCGGAAAUCGGAUCAGUCAUGCAGAGAACAUGAUUCACCCAAUAUUGAAGAAUAUCGUGAAAAAUGGGAAGUUCUUUCGAAGAAUGCAACAUAUUGGCUUGGUAAACUUCUACGCCCACGUUUAGCAUUUGCUGGACAUUCACAUCAUUACUGUUACUCCAUUAAUAGAUGGGGUAUCGAAGAGUAUACUGUGGCUUCAUUUAGUUGGCGAAAUAAAGUUAAUCCCAGUUUUCUUAUGGCUUCCAUAGAUCCAACAAAACAUUCUGUCCACAAAUGUCCAAUGUUGGAGCAACAAACCGUUUACACCUUAUACACAUUUGCAGCUAGUCUGUGCACAAUAUUUAUUGUAGUAGAUAUUUUGAAGUGGUUAUAUUGUAUAGUUAGUAAAUCAAAACGUGAUAUAAAAAUUCAAUAA